CCUGGUUCAGGUUAUCACUUCCUGGUAGUCAGAUCUUCGAGCGAGUCGGCUGCUCCUUGAGCAAAUAUGUCUCACCAGACCGGUAUCCAGGCUAGUGACGAAGUCAGAGAUACUUUUGCUCAAGCCAGAAAUGGAAAGUACCGGAUGCUGAAACUGGAUAUUGAAGAUGAGCAACUGACUGUCAGCAAUCGUGCAAAGCAUGCGGGUUCCUGGGAGCAAGACUAUGACUCAUUCAUUCUACCUUUACUGGAAGACAAGCAGCCAUGCUAUAUUUUGUAUCGAUUAGAUUCCCAGAAUGCACAGGGCUGUGAAUGGAUCUUCAUAGCUUGGUCUCCUGACUACUCUCAUGUACGUCAAAAGAUGUUGUAUGCUGCAACAAGAGCAACUGUAAAAAAAGAAUUUGGAGGAGGACAUAUAAAAGAGGAACUUUUUGGAACCACUAAGGAUGAUGUUUCACUGACAGGAUACAAAAAGUACUUGGCUUGCCAGUCAUCCCCUGCUCCUCUUACAACAGCUGAGGAAGAGCUGAGGCAAAUAAAGAUUAGCGAGACCCAAACAGAUAUCGGUGUAGAUACAAAACAUCAGACACUACAGGGAAUAACGUUCCCGUUGGAUAAAGCUGCAUUGCAGGCUAUGGAACAGUUGAAACAUAUGAAGUUGAAUUAUGUACAGUUGAAAAUAGAUAUAAAGGAUGAAACCAUUGUUUUGGCGGACACAACAUGCACGGAAGUGAAGGAUCUACCGAAAAGGAUUCCAAAAGAUGUUGCUCGCUACCACUUCUUCCUUUAUAAGCACUCACAUGAAGGAGAUUAUUUGAACUCUAUAGUGUUUAUUUAUUCAAUGCCUGGAUACACAUGCAGUAUAAGGGAACGGAUGCUUUAUUCCAGCUGCAAGAACCCUCUACUAAAUAUUAUUGAGAAUCAACUCAAUAUGGAAGUAGUAAAAAAGAUCGAAAUCGAUAAUGGAGACGAGCUGACUUCAGAAUUUCUGUAUGAUGAAGUACACCCAAAGCAGCAUGCACAUAAACAGCAGUUUGCUAAACCAAAGGGUCCAAAUGGGAAAAGAGGCAUCCGGCGACUAAUCAGAGGACCAGCAGAAGCUGAAACGGCUAAUGAUUAGAGCCCCACACCACACAUCAUGCUGAGAAUACAAACUGUAAUCAUUCCAUGCCUGUGUUCUUGAAUGGAGAAAAAAAAUAUCAAAAGAUUCUAUCAAUUUAACAUUCCUGUUAGAUACUAGUUUUGCCACUUAUGCACCCACUAGUAGUCGGAUGGGUGUAGCUAAGUAUCAAAUAUUGCAACUAUUAUUCUGCAACAAAUUGUACAUAGAAGCAGUAGAUUGUGAUGACAUAGCUUUUUAAUUACCACAUAGAUAAUUAAAAUCCAUACCUCUAUAAACUGGGUGCAAUACAUCUAGGGUUAGGCCAAGCAAUAUUAAAUAUAACAGAGAUACGCAAAUAAAAUAAGUAAGAGAAAACAUUUGGAAAUACUUUAGGGGUUAUGAGAAACAUUUGUUUUUACGAACACCUGUGUCUUAGCAUAUUCUAUAAGUUAUUUUGGCCACUUUCUGCAAAUGCGUUUUACGUGUUUUUUGUUGUUGUUUUUUUUGUAACUCCCCAGUAGUCCAGAAAGGCUAUGAAAUAAUAUUUGUCAGAAGGAAGAAAAACUUAGAAAUACAGUAAUUGUACUUUUAUACAAAAUGCUGAGUUAAGGAAGGGGUAUUUUCAUAUAAUGGUUAUGUCACAUUAGGCAUUGCAAAUGAGUAUUGCUCUAGAGCAGUGAUUUUUAACCUUUUUUUUGCCGUGGCACACUUUUUUACAUUAAAAAAUCCUGUGGCACACCACCAUCCCAAAAUUAAAAAAAAUCACACAUUGUAGCCUAAUACAGCAUAUAUAUAUAUACACAUACACACAAAUACACACAUACUGUAUGUAUUGUGCUGUUAUGCCAUGCCUCCUACAAACUACCCCUGCACUGGGAGUAAAAAACAAGCAAAGUUUAAAAAAUAUGUCUGCCGUGGCACACCUGAGGAUCUCUCACGGCACACUAGUGUGCCAUGGCACACUGGUUGAAAAACACUGCUCUAGAGCAGAGGUGCGGAAAUCUAGAUGCAUCCUUAGAUUUAGUAUUAGCACUUCUGGAAAAGACACCACACAAGUUGUUUUCAAGAUUCAUUGUCUGGAUGAAAUAAGUGGACAAUGUAAUUUUUUUUUUUGGAUUUUAUGUGUAGUUUUGUAGUCCUGUCUAAUUCUUUUAAACUUUGUAGCAGAAAUAAUUUUACAACAAACUACCACAAAGUGUCUGUAUAAGUGGCAUUGAAGUAAUUUUAUAAGAAGUAUUUCUAAGCACGUGAACCUACACAAAUAUUGAGAGGAUCAUUGAUUUGAUUGACUUUUAAUUACUUUUAAAAAAUGCUGGGAAUUUCCAAUAUACAGUUGUCUGGUCUGUGAUUCAUGGUUUUGAAAGAUUUUUGGAAAGGGAUUUGUGUGUUCUAUAACCGUAACGUUUGAUGCCUUGGUUACACACCAUAUUAGGUUGUAUAAGAUUUGCUGUGUCUAUGCAUAAUUGUGUAAAUUGAACUGUGUAGUUCAGUUAAUGGACAUAAAAUAACAGGCAGCGAUUUUCAUUACUUUCUGGCAGAUAAGCAAUAUCUGAAAUGAAAUAAUUUACAGCAUUUACUUGUGGAUAAACAAUGUCACUACAUAGGAAUCAUAAAAUUAGCAUUUUACACUACUUAAUAUAUUUGUGCAUAAUCUGCUAACUAGAAUUAACCCUUGGAUGCCAGGGAAGGAAUAUCUCAUGUGUUGCCCAUGUUGGCAACCAAUUGAUAAAAAAUAUAAAAUGUAAUAUAAUGUUAGGCUGCCUGGUGCAGCUGGGUGAAAUGUCAGCAUUCAAUGCGAGUCAGUAUCUGCCUCUCUGCUGCUAAGCAAAAGGCAUAAAAAAUGAAAGAAUAAUUUUGUUGCUUAGAACAUUAUUAUCAACUAUAUCUAAUCUGAUUUAAUCAUUUUGAAAUGGAGAGUCUCUAAAUACAAUUACUCUUUUGAGGCCAGUUGUAAGUCCAAUAUUAUAUAUGACAUGUAAGGCUCUUGUUACAGAAAUUACUUGAACUGUGUGAAAACUUUAGGGGACACAAGUUAUGUGUGAACUUGAAUAGGUAUUGUCAUUUGAUUGUCAUGCAUGAAAUAGCUGCAUUAACCAUUGUGUACUAUUUUUUUUUUACUGUAGCUAUCAACAAUUAAAAUGGCAAAAUAUUUGCAUUCAAAAAAAAGUUUUAUAAGCAUGUAAAAUAGUUUGCUAGCAAAAUUUACAGUUUUGCUCUCAGGGCAGUUAUGGGGUUGUGACCCUUCAGUAUGUUUUGAGCAAACAGCCAGAACAACAAGUUUUUUUUCUACUUGGUUGUAAUCACGUAUUGAAUGAUUAAGUUGUUAAAGGGAUAGUCUAGUCAAAAUUAAACUUUCAUGAUUCAGAUAGAGCAUGCAAUUUUCUAAUUUAUGUUGAAAUAUUUUUAUUAGAGUUUUCAAUGAGAUAGCAUUACAAACAAAUUGAAGAAAGUCAACAUACAUAAUAAAAUGUUAUCACUUCUGUGAAAUGGCAAGAGUAAAUACUACCAUACUAAAAAUAUUUUUUUGUUGCUAGAUCUUAAAUAUAUAUCUUUAAAUCGGGGAAUCUUUCCCCAAGAGACAGAAGAAGGUGAAAAACUCUUGCAAAAAAGGAUUCUUUAAAUUCAAAGAGUCUAAAGGACAAGAAAUAGAAGAUAAAGUAGUAGGUAAAAGGUAGAAAUGUAAAGUGGCAGAGGUGAAUCAAGCAUAAAGAAAAAAGAGAGAGGGGUGGUCACUUGUGUUCUCCGUCCAAGUGAGAGAGGUUUCUGGUGUUGUCGUCUUAUGCUUUGUCUAUUUAGCAUCCUUUGUUUAUCUUACCAGAUUAUCCAUUCCUCCAUAUUUCUAUAUAUUCAGAUCUUUGAUCUAAUAUUGUGGAAGCAAUAAAAGCAAUCUGGUGGUAAUAUUUAAUUUUGUUUAUAAUUAUAUCAAAAUGUGGUAGUGAUGUUCCAGAAUUUUUCUAUAGUUGUUUUGACUGCUGUACAAACUAUACCCACUAAUGUAAUCAAUUUUCUGGAGAGGCCUUCUAUUGGAAAGUGCAAUAGGGCUUGCUCCAUACUCAAAUCUGCGUGACUGUCAAAGACUUAUUAGUCUGGGUCCACAGUUUUUUAACCUCUGAGCAAGUCCACCACAUAUGGACAUAAGUCCCUGUUUCUUUACAACCUCAGUAACACGUUUGUUGUGUCGUAUUAGCAAUUUUCUAAUUUACCAAGAAAACAAAGAUAAAAUGAUAAUAGGACUUAAUUAGAAAGUUGUUUAAAAUUGCAUGCUCUAUCUGAAUCAUGAAAGUUUAAUUUUGACUAGACUAUCCUUUUAAGUGAAUGUGUAUUCCUGAAAGGUUGAGCUUUAAUGGGAAUUAUGGAUAUUACACUAGAAGUGACAGUGGUGGAGACAUGGACAUAAAAGCAAAGUUUUAAUAAACACAUUUUAUUUGAUGUUGUUUUUUUAUUUCCUUUUACCAUCAUAAAGAGAAACCUCCCCAGACAGCAAAAUGAUCACACUACCUCUCUCUUUACACUAUACAAACUCUUAUCUACAUAUGCAGCUCAGGUAGAUCACCUAGAUAAAGAGAACUUACAUUUUCCAGCCAGUUACUCUGUCAACUCCAGGCUGUGUUGGAAGGGGUUGUGGAAAGGGAAGAUUUAGAGACAAAUGGCAAUAAAACAUGGUGGUAUAUAAAUUAAAUUGUAUUGUUACUAGGUGAGAAAACACUAGCAAUAGAAUCAUUGUUGACAGAUAAUGUUUAGCUGUGCAGCUUUGGUAAGUAGUAAUGUGAAGUUUUAAAAUGUAAUUCAAAUGUAAAACAAUUAGAGGAGUCAGUUUUGUGACUUGCAGUCCAAUCAGAUACAUUUUCUAAUGACAUGAAAGUGAGUUGUUGUUUGUGAUUUUGGAAUGCUGUGGCAUUAUACUUUUUUUAGCUAAGCACAUUUCUGAACCUGUUAAAGCUAUGCAUCUUUUAACCCUUGCAGCUGACUUUGAAGAUUGCCAUUACUAGUUUUCCAAUUGAUAUGUUGGCUCUCGAGUAUAAGUUAAUUCAAUAAAUAUAAAAAGCCAUAUAAUGCGUUUUAGUUCAUGAUGUAUUUGUCUAGUGUUUUAGAAAAACAAGAUACAUAUUUAGUGCAUUGAAGUAACCAAGAAUUAAGCUUCCCAAUCUAAACUUGGAAGUGUUAACUAUUAUUUAGCACAAUGAUUAUAUCAUAUUUGAUAACAAAAAAGCUUGAGAGCCGUCUUAUUGGUUUUUCUCAAGCUUCAGAAUAUCCCACAUUACUGAUGUGCUUGCUUUAAUGUCUUUAGAUCAGUAGCUUGGAGAACAUAGCUGAGACCUUUCUGUUCUCGUUUGUUGGUAGGACAAUAGAUUUUUGGUGGAAGAGAGAUUUUGCUCUAGAAUAAGAACUAUUUUGUUCUGUGUCCUGGGUCAUUUCAUAUGUAAAGUGCAAUCAUGCCAUUCAACAAACAGGUUAAUUACAAAAUAAUUAAAGGGAUAUGAAACCCCAACAUUUUCUGUCUUAAAUCGGAGCAUACCAUUUUCCAAUUUACUUAUUAUCAAAUUUGCUUAGUUCACAUGAUAUUCUGUGUUAAAGAAAUACCUAGAUGGGCAUCUGGAGCAUCACAUGGCAGGAAAUAGUGCUACCAUCUAGUGCUUUUGCAAAUGAAUAAGAUUCUUGCAAAACUGCCAUGUAGUGCUGCAGAAAUGUCCUUGCUGCUCAACAAAAGAUACAAUUAAAAUGAAGAAAAAUUGAUAAUAGAAGUAAACUAGAAAGUUGUUUAAAAUCCCAAGCUCUAUCUGAAUCAUGAAAGAAAAACUUUGGGUUUCAUAUCAGCUUUAACAUUGAUGAUUUUUCAUUUUUUUUAUUAAACAUAUGUAUCAUGUUGGUGUGAGAAUUUCGGAUAUCUUGUCCCCUUAAUGCUGGUGUCUGAUUAAAAAAAUUGAAAUAUUGGGAGAUAUUAAAUGAAAAUGUAGCAUCUUCAAAACCGUUGUUUUAUCAUCAUAUUUGUCUGUCUGAUGUUUACACUUUGUUAGUGAGUAAAAACGGAUCUAUGAAAACACUUUCUAUGUUAUAUAAUGGGGAUGAAAUCUGUAGUGUACACUGAGCUGAAAUUCGCACACAGUCUCCCAACCAUUCUGCACAAUGCUAAGAUAUGGUGGAAAAGAGAUAUUUAUGUUUGCAAGUCUAUUCACAUAAACCUUAAGCCUUAAAGCCAGUAUGAAUAUGACAUUUGCAUGAAUAAGUUCACAGCACAUAAUGAUGUCUUGGAACCAGUCAUAGGUUUCUAUACUCUAAAUAGAUCUUUCAAGAAAAUAUUUUGUAAAACCAGAUCUAUUGGUAGAUUCUGCAAAUUCUUACAAAACGCUUUAUAUUUUUAUGAGACAUUUUCAUAAAACGUGAAUGUUAAAAUGAAUUUAUAUGACAAAUUUAUGCAAGACACUACUUCUAUACAAUAAUCUUUUCAGAAUGUGAUUUGAUUUUGUGAAAUGCUCUGUAUGUAGACUGUCUUUCAAUACCUGAUACAAAUAAAGCCACUUGAAUGAA